UCUCCUGUCCUUAUCGGGUAAUCCAUCUUUUUGAAUUUUCUCGAAAAUUGUUACCCAAGCUGUAAGCAUGGGAUAUAGUGACUUAAAGCAUUUGCUCAUGCACUUUGAGUUGUUCUCCUCGACCCUUUAAAGCAAAGCUCCUUGCUACAUCUGCACUUCCCGGUAAAGUCACCUCCCUCAUUGUUCAGUUGGUGAGGAUGCCAGGUAAUCAGCUGGGUACCCACACUAUUAGAACACAUGGAACUCAUGUGGCAAAGUUGCACAUGCAUGAUUGGCUUAUACUAAUGCUUCUCGUGGUCAUAGAGGUCGGGUUGAAUGUAAUUGAACCGUUUCACCGAUUUGUUGGAGAGGGGAUGAUGGAAGAUCUCAAGUAUCCAUUGCAGGACAACACAAUUCCCAUUUGGGCUGUUCCGAUCAUUGCAAUAGCACUGCCUCUUGCUGUCAUUAUUGUAUACUACUUUAUCAGGAAGGAUGUCUUUGACUUGCAUCAAGCGGCUUUAGGUCUUCUGUUUGCUGUACUUGUAACUGGAGUUUUAACUGAUUCAAUUAAAGAUGCUGUUGGUCGACCUCGUCCGGACUUCUUUUGGCGGUGCUUCCCUAAUGGCAAAGGAGUGUUUGAUCCUAUCACAAAGAAUGUUAUGUGUACGGGACUGAAGAGUGUCAUCAAAGAAGGGCAUAAAAGCUUCCCUAGCGGACAUACUUCUUGGUCCUUUGCUGGCCUUGGUUUCUUGUCCUGGUACUUAUCAGGGAAGGUCAGAGUAUUCGACCGCAGAGGCCAUGUUGCAAAGCUUUGCAUAGUCUUCCUUCCCCUGCUUGUUGCAUCUCUAGUAGGAGUAUCUCGAGUUGAUGACUAUUGGCACCAUUGGCAAGAUGUAUUUGCUGGAGGUCUUCUAGGGUUGACAGUAGCUUCGUUUUGUUAUUUGCAGUUCUUUCCACCACCCUAUGAUAUGGAUGGCUGGGGACCUCAUGUGUAUUUCCAGACAUUGGCAGACUUAGCAUCCGAAAAUGGUGGCCAGACCUCAUCCAGCAACAUCAAUUGUCUUGGUAUACGUCCUGCAGAGCUUGAGAAUGUAUAUAUCCAAUCUCACAAUGGCGUGGUAAGUCCUAUGCUAAAUGGAGUCGAGAGUGGAAGAAGAUAUUAGUCUUAAGAGGAACAGUCAGAGACAGAUGUCAGGAUAGAUUCCAAAUGACAAAUUCCUAGUUAUGAACAAUUCAAUGCUCUGCACAAGUCCUCUAUGUUCUGUUAGAUACUAGAGUCGGUCAGUAAAAUUGUAUCCAGCUUUUUACAGAUUUAGCCAGCAAGGGAUCAGAUUAGCCGUCCUCUGAGCUGAUUCCUUAUUCUAAUGUAUAUACUAAAGAAGUUGAUAUCAGAUCUGGAUUUAUUAGUAAAAGACAUUAUGUUUUUGGUUCAUUUCUCAGUCAAAUUUCUUCUUUUGUUUUUUCAAAAAAGUUUUGUCGUGCUACUUUGUAUCACCGUAUGUGCAAUGGAUUCCUCAGAGUCCAAAUGUUGCUAUAUAAGGCCUUGUUUCAUCCAUCUACUCGACCAGAGUCCAAAUGACAAGUCUUGACAGCCUGAGGAGGUACUGGAAGAAGAAACAGUACCAGAGACUCGACGACACAGCUGACAAAAAACGGGAGCUUAAACUAGCAAGGGCUGGGAGUCGAAGACAGCAAGUUGAAAUUGUAAAUGAAGCAUCAAAGGUUAUGUUGAAGUUGAUAUCAACUGUUAAGUUUUUGUGUAGGUUUCUGAAAGGGAAGAUUGUUAGUUUGUCGAACAACGAUGAUAAGAAGAUUUCGCAAAAUAUAAGUGAUAAACCAAGAAAUGAAGUUCAUAGCAAUGAAGUUGUUGAUGCAAGGUCGGUUUUGGAGAUUUUCAAUAGCUUGGUUUCGAGCGCUGAAGGAGCUCGUUUAUUAGCUUGUUCAUCACUUGCCAUUUUUGUUUGAACAAGUAAUAGUGCAUGAUAUCAAAUAUUCUAUCAAUGAAAUCAAAUUUAUUGAUCA